CAGUGAGAUUUCGCGCGAGGCCCGGUGUUCCAUUAGCCAAUGGACUCUGCCUCUCCCCGGUCCGUCCCAGUCUACCAAUGGGAAUAGGGCGCGCGGUGUCGGGCUCGUUUUCAUCUUAACGGCGCGCGACAAGAGUUUCAGGUGGUGGGCGGUGCUUCAGCUUGGCGCAAAGAUGGCGGCCCCGGGCAAACGGAAACUCGGGGCCGCCACUACCGGCAGCGGCGCCGGGUGGAGGAAGCGAGGCUCGGGGGCUGCCGGGCCGGAGGGAAGCGGCCGUGGGCAGCUGCAGUCGCCCUUCGUGGAGGGCUCCAUAGUCAGGGUCGCUAUGGAGAAUUUCCUACAGUGCUGUGUUGACGGGAGGGCUUCUCUCACCGACAUAGCUGCUGCCUCUCCAGGAGAUGGACAAACUGCACCAACAGGAGAAGGUCUUCGAAGACAUAGUAGUGUCUUCAGUGAAGUGCUACAGUGGCGCAGCUGUACUGCUAUACAUGAAGACAAGCUGUUACUUAUAUCCCUGAGCUCUUCUAAGUGCGGCUAUGUGUUAACAUACGAUAAUUGUGAAGUGUCUCCAGGACCCCAUUUGAACAUGAUAGUAGGAGCCAAUGGAACAGGAAAGUCAAGCAUUGUGUGUGCGAUCUGUCUGGGAUUGGCAGGAAAACCUUCUUUCAUAGGGCGUGCAGACAAGGUUGGUCUAUAUGUAAAGCGAGGGUGCUCUAAAGGCUUGGUUGAAAUUGAACUGUUUAAGACUCCUGACAAUCUCAUUAUCACACGUGAGAUUCAUGUAGCAAACAAUGCAUCUGUGUGGUUUGUCAAUAAAAAGCCCUCAACACUGAAAAUAGUAGAGGAGCAAAUUGCAGCCUUAAAUAUCCAAGUGGCCAAUCUGUGCCAGUUUCUUCCUCAGGACAAAGUUGGGGAAUUUGCAAAACUGUCCAAGACUGAGCUUCUUGAAGCCACAGAGAAAUCAGUUGGCCCGCCAGAAAUGUACCAAUUCCACUGUGAACUAAAAAACUUCAGAGAGCGAGAGAGAGAACUUGAGAAUUCAUUGCAAGAGAAAACUAAUUUCUUGGAGAAAAUGAAGCAAAGAAAUGAACGGUAUAAGCAAGAUGUGGAGAGAUACUAUGAACGCAAGCGUCAUCUAGAUUUAAUAGAGAUGCUUGAGAGAAAAAGACCGUGGGUGGAAUAUGAAAAUGUUCGCCAAAUGCAUGAGGAGGUGAAACAAAACCGUGACCAUGCAAAGGAAGAAUUAAAAAAACUACAACAAACAAAGUCUCCCAUGACACAGCAAAUCCAAGAAGUUGAAAAGCAAUGGAGGAAUUUGGAUAUAAAAAUCAAAGAGAAGGCUGCUGAAAUCAAAGACACUUCUCAAAGAUGUAAACAAAAACAAGAUGCAGUGGAGAAGAAAGACAAACAAAUUGAAGAAAUUCAGCAAGUUUUGAGAAUGAAAAGAGAUGAAGAAAUGGAUCGACAGAAGAGAAUACACAACGCUCGUAAGAUGAUAGAGGACUGGCAGAAUGAGCUCAACAGUACAGGAAACUCUGAGAAUCUUCAACCACAAAUUGAUUCUAUUAACAAUGAGCUGAGACAGUUGCAAGAAGAAAAGGCAAAUAUUGAUGGUGAAAUGAGUGAUCUGCGAAGAGAGAGAGAGAACCUAGAGAGGGAAAAGAAAAGAGUAACUGAUCGCAUUGUACAGUUUAACAAUAUGAUGAAUCUGAAGGAAGAUAAGCUCAGAGGGAGAUAUCGAGACACAUACAAUGCUCUUCUGUGGCUAAGGGAGAACAAAGACCGAUUUAAAAGAAGUGUCUGUGAACCCAUGAUGCUUGCAAUAAACAUGAAAGACAAUAGACAUGCUAAAUAUGUUGAAAAUCACAUUUCAGCAAAUGAUAUGAGGGCCUUUGUUUUUGAAAGUCAAGAAGACAUGGAAAUAUUUCUUCGGGAGGUGCGUGACCAUCAGAAAUUAAAAGUUAAUACUGUAUGUGCACCCGCUGAGUCAUGUGCUGAAAAUAGACCUUCAAGAUCAGUUGAAGAGUUGCACCAAUAUGGUGUUUUCUCUUAUUUACGAGAGUUAUUUGAUGCUCCUCAUCCUGUGAUGAGUUACCUUUGUUCCCAGUAUCGUGUUCAUGAUGUCCCUGUGGGAACUGAGAAGACCAGAAGCAUGAUUGAAAGGGUCAUACAAGAAACCAAAUUUAAGCAAAUCUACACAGCAGAAGAAAGGUAUUCAGUGAAAGUGUCUGCUUAUACAAACCAAACUAUUUCUAGUAACACAUCCCUGAGACCAGCGCAGUUUCUCACUGUCACAGUAGAUGCAGAUGAAAGAAGGCAGUUGGAAAACCAACUAAAGGAUAUUAAUAGACGUUUCCAGUUACGGGAUUCUCAAUUGCAUACGUUAUAUGAGAGGCAGAAGUAUCUGGAACGCAAAGAUAAUGAGCUGAGACAGCAAAAGAAGGAGCAUUUGGAGAGAAAAAACAAAAGGAAACAACUGGAAUCAAAAAUUAGUAUGAAACACGAUAGUUUGAAACAGAUGGAGCAAGAUGCCAUCAAUCUAGAAGAGGAGUCUCAACAAACAAAUGCCAGGAUCAAAGAAAUUAAUAUCCAAAAAGCAAAACUUGUUACAGAAUUAAUGCAACUCAUAAAGAAUUGCAUAACAUUGAACAUCCUCAAAGUGGAUUUGGUUCUUCAGAGCACUACAGUGAAUUCCAAGAAGAAUAGACUAGAAUCUGAUUAUAAAGCAGCAACUGUACAACUAAGAGCUUUAGAGCAACAAGUUUCUGACCUGGGUGAAAAAAAACGUGUUCUUUUGGAGAAGUGCAAGGGACUGAUGAGGAAAGCUAGACAGGCGUGUAAUCUCAGCCCUGAUCAAGAAAUUCCAAAAGAUUUUCAGACUGCAUUCCAAGACCUUCCAAGCACAUUGGAUGAAAUCGAUGCUUUACUGAAUGAAGAGAAAUCAAGAGCCUCCUGCUUCACAGGCCUAAAUGCUUCAGUUGUUGAAGAAUAUAAUAGAAGGGCACAAGAAAUACAGCAAGUAACGGAGGAACUAGAGGAAAAGAAAAACGAAUUGGAGAGCUAUAGGCAAAACAUUUCACAGGUUAAAGAAAGGUGGCUAACACCUUUGAAACAGCUGGUUGAACAAAUUAAUGAAAAGUUCAGUAAUUUCUUUAGUUCUAUGCAGUGUGCUGGUGAAGUUGAUCUUCAUACAGAAAAUGAGGAGGAGUAUGACAAAUAUGGGAUUCGAAUUAGAGUUAAAUUCCGUAGUAAUACCCAACUGCAUGAACUGACUCCCCACCAUCAGAGUGGAGGUGAGAGAAGUGUUUCAACUAUGCUGUACUUGAUGGCUCUGCAGGAACUCAACAGAUGUCCUUUCAGGGUUGUAGAUGAAAUAAAUCAGGGAAUGGACCCAGUCAAUGAGAGGAGAGUUUUUGAAAUGGUUGUGAAGACUGCUUGUAAAGAGAGCACUUCUCAGUAUUUCUUUAUUACGCCGAAGCUCCUGCAAAAUCUCACCUAUGCUGAAAAAAUGACAGUGUUGUUUGUCUACAAUGGACCUUUUAUGCUAGAACCAACCAAAUGGAACUUAAAGGCAUUCCGUAGGCGGCGGCGACAAGUUGAGCAAAUGGAUCAGUAUUGAAUUCCAUGGAGCCUUUUGGAACUACUGGUCUGUGAGACUGUAUUUAUGAACACGAAGUGGUUGAAUCUGAGAGGGAAAUCUGCAGAGAACUGACAAUGAAGAGCUGGGCUUCUGUUUUUAGAAACUUACCUUCAAAUAUAUGUAGUAUUUGCUUAGAUCUGUUCUAGCCAUCUGUUUCUUCAAAGAAAAACUCAUUUUUACCUAGGACUGGCUGUCUGAAUGGGAGGGCCCCUAGAAAUCUGGAUCUUUUGCACUUUGCUAUAUCCAACAUACCAGAUCAGGAAAUUUUAGCUGUCAGUUUAUUUCUUUCCAAAUGAGUUACAUCUGGUCAAAUCCACUUUUGUUGUUCCAAAAGUUGUGAUAUGUAUAUUAGGUUAAUACAUUGCACAGUUAACUCAAAGAUAAAGUUACAGUGGAUAGCUUUGAAGUGGUUCUGUUGAAAUGAUAACUAUGUGAGUGAGGCAGAAGGGAUGUGAUGUCACCAGAUUCUCAACUAGUGUGGUGUGUUUGUGUGUGUGUAGCUUUGCAUCACAGUUUUUUCUUGUGGUGGUUAUUAAAUAUAAAAUAGCAUACAUUAUGUAACUAGACAUUAUAGUAUUAUGUAUAUUAACAUUUCCCCUUAAACUCUAUUUCAGUAGGGUGAAGUGGAUUCCUAAGCCCAAACCCUUCACUCACACACACCACACCACUACCCUCCUCCCUGCCCCAUGGACAAAUAUAAAUUUUAGCUUUUUAAACAAAAAUUUUACUUGGGCCAGUAGCCUUGUUUGUAUUUGUCUCUAUUCUGGAGAGCUAUAAACAAGAUAGCUUCUAGAAGUAACAUCAGUCUAAAUGUUGAUUGUUUUUGGUGGUGGGUAUGGAAAUUAUUCCUGUAGGUUUUUACAUUUGAACUCAGCUAUUCUUAACAGCUCUAGUUUCUUUGGAGUGGUUUUGUACUCCUAGUGAGGGAUAGAUCUCUGAUGAUAUAGCUGUUUAAAUUUGCUGGCUUCCUGGUGGGGUUUUGGCCAUAUCUGUUUAAGUAUAAAUGGUAACAGUUACUGCUGUCAAUAGUAAUUGUGAACUCUUGAAAUAGAAUGUGUCAGCUGGUUGAAAUUCUUAUCUGCCUAACUAAUCUGUGAUACAAAAUUGUAAAAGGUACAGAUUUGUAUAAAAUUGGACGACUGCUGUCAGUUA